GACAGAAUUCGUCGAGUUAAAUCAGCAGAAUAAGAAAUCCCAAGUUUUUUGUUGAUCAGGCGACACCCAGAUUUGAACUGGGGAUAAAGGAUUUGCAGUCCCCCGCCUUACCACUUGGCCAUGUCGCCAAACCAAAUUCGAUCCAAAUAAGAUAAAAAAUAGAUUUCUGGUCAAAGACUGAAAAAUUCAGGGCAAAUUGGAACCAUUAACUAUUUGUUUUGUUGUUUUGAAUUAGCGAAAGGUUCUUCAAUUUGUAUCUCAAAUUGUUGCGUUUCCUUAAUGGCAUAACAAAAUCAAAUUGAUUUAUGACUAAUUCAGUAUCAAUUAUUUUCAAUAAUCAAUCUUUUUCAAUUUCAAUUAUAACAAUAUAAAUUAUAACAAUAUAUAUGUGUAUAUGUAAACCUCAAAACAGAAAUUGUUACACAGAUACCGCUCUUAUGUACAUAUCCCAUAUCCCUAUAGAGAAUCGUCGUGCCUUCUUUUUUCAUUUUCUAUAUGCAAUAGAAAAAAUAGGAAUUAUGAUAUAGUGCGACCUGACUUCUGUUGCCACAAGUGAAAUUACGAUAAAAGAUGUGAUAUGCGGACAGGUAGAUAGCUAUAUUGGCAUGCACUUAAUAAAUAUUACUCCUAUUACGCAAUUCAAUCAUAUUCUAUAUAUUCUACUAGCAAAAAAAUAAUUCGAAAUUUUUUUUGAACAUGAAAUGAAACUCAAAUAAAAUUAAGUAUGCUAAAAAGGGAAACUCUAUAUUGUUCCUGUUGUACCUGUCGCAAAUUCGAACUUGCGUCGAAAAUGCUCUUCAUUCCUCUGUCUCAUUUCCGUUCAUACGUAUGAAAUACAUAUAUGGUAUAUGGAGUUGGCUAAAAUUUCAUGUGAUUCAGUAAACAGAAUAUACAUUCCAUCAUUGCUAGAUCGAUCCGUAUGGUUCGAUAAAUAGUGAGCUAAUAAUGGGAUUUUUCAAUAAACAGGAAACUUAAGAUUAAGAUGCUCCGGAAUGAUGGAAAUGAGGGAAUGUCCACAAUACCUGGAUUUAGUCAGAUCCAAUUUGAGGGAUUUUGUAGGUUCAUUAAUGAGGGCUUGACGGAAGAAUUUCAUAAGUUUCCAAAAAUUGAAGAUACAGAUCAAGAAAUUGAAUUUAAAUUAUUUGUGGAAAGAUAUCAAUUGGUAGAACCCUUGAUAAACGAAAGAGAUGCUGUGUAUGAAUCACUCACAUAUUCUUCUGAAUUAUAUGUACCCGCGGGAUUAAUUUGGAAAACCGGUAGAGAUAUGCAAGAACAAACCGUUUUUAUUGGAAACAUUCCCCUAAUGAAUUCCCUGGGAACCUUUAUAGUAAAUGGAAUAUACAGAAUUGUGAUCAAUCAAAUAUUGCAAAGUCCUGGUAUUUACUACCGUUCAGAAUUGGACCAUAACGGAAUUUCUGUCUAUACCAGCACAAUAAUAUCAGAUUGGGGAGGAAGAUCGGAAUUAGAAAUUGAUAGAAAAGCAAGGAUAUGGGCCCGUGUAAGUAGGAAACAAAAAAUAUCUAUUCUAAUUCUAUCAUCAGCUAUGGGUUCGAAUCUAAGAGAAAUUCUAGAUAAUGUUUGUUACCCUGAAAUUUUCUUGUCUUUCCCGAAUGAUAAGGAGAAAAAAAAGAUUGGGUCAAAAGAAAAUGCUAUUUUGGAAUUUUAUCAACAAUUUGCUUGUGUAGGCGGGGAUCCGGUAUUUUCUGAGUCUUUAUGUAAAGAAUUACAAAAGAAAUUUUUUCAACAAAGAUGUGAAUUAGGAAGGAUUGGUCGACGAAAUAUGAACCGGAGACUGAAUCUUGAUAUACCUCAGAACAAUACAUUUUUAUUACCACGAGAUGUAUUGGCUGCUGCGGAUCAUUUGAUCGGAAUUAAAUUUGGAAUGGGUACACUUGACGAUAUGAAUCACUUGAAAAAUAAACGGAUUCGUUCUAUAGCGGAUCUGUUACAGGAUCAAUUCGGACUGGCUCUUGUUCGUUUAGAAAAUGCGGUUCGAGGAACUAUAUGUGGAGCAAUUCGGCAUAAAUUGAUACCGACUCCUCAAAAUUUGGUAACUUCAACUUCAUUAACAACCACUUAUGAAUCGUUUUUUGGCCUACAUCCUUUAUCUCAAGUUUUGGAUCGAACUAAUCCAUUGACACAAAUCGUUCAUGGGCGAAAAUUGAGUUAUUUGGGUCCUGGAGGAUUGACGGGGCGAACUGCUAGUUUUCGGAUACGAGAUAUUCAUCCUAGCCACUAUGGACGUAUUUGUCCAAUUGACACGUCCGAAGGAAUCAAUGUUGGACUUAUUGGAUCCUUAGCCAUUCAUGUGAGGAUUGGCCAUUGGGGAUCUAUAGAGAGUCCAUUUUAUGAAAUAUCUGAAAGAUCAAAAGAGGCACAGAUAGUUUAUUUAUCACCAAAUAGAGAUGAAUAUUAUAUGGUAGCAGCGGGAAAUUCUUUGGCCUUGAAUCGGGGUAUUCAGGAAGAACAGGUUGUUCCAGCCCGAUACCGUCAAGAGUUCCUGACUAUUGCAUGGGAACAGAUUCAUCUUAGAAGUAUUUUUCCCUUCCAAUAUUUUUCUAUUGGAGCUUCCCUCAUUCCUUUUAUCGAGCAUAAUGAUGCGAAUCGGGCUUUAAUGAGUUCUAAUAUGCAGCGCCAAGCAGUUCCGCUUUCUCAGUCCGAGAGGUGCAUUGUUGGAACUGGACUGGAACGCCAAACGGCUCUGGAUUCGGGGGUUUCCGCUAUAGCCGAACACGAGGGAAAGAUCAUUUAUACUGACCCUCACAAGAUCAUUUUAUCAAGUAAUGGGGACACUACUAUAAGUAUAAGUAUUCCAUUAGUUAUCUAUCAACGUUCCAACAAAAAUACUUGUAUGCAUCAAAAACCUCAGGUUCCGCGGGGUAAAUGCAUUAAAAAAGGACAAAUUUUAGCGGACGGUGCGGCUACAGUUGGGGGGGAACUUGCUUUAGGAAAAAACGUAUUAGUAGCUUAUAUGCCAUGGGAGGGUUACAAUUCUGAAGACGCAGUACUAAUUAGCGAACGUCUGGUAUAUGAAGAUAUUUAUACUUCUUUUCACAUCCGGAAAUAUGAAAUUCAGACUCAUGUGACAAGCCAAGGACCUGAAAGAAUCACUAAGGAAAUACCACAUCUAGAGGCUCAUUUACUCCGCAAUUUAGACAGAAAUGGAGUUGUGAUGCUGGGAUCUUGGGUAGAAACAGGUGAUAUUUUAGUAGGUAAAUUAACACCUCAGACAGCAAACGAAUCGUCGUAUGCUCCAGAGGAUAGAUUAUUACGAGCCAUACUUGGAAUUCAGGUAUCCACUGCAAAAGAAACUUCUCUAAAACUACCUAUAGGCGGAAGAGGUCGCGUUAUUGAUGUGAGAUGGAUCCGGAAAAAGGGGGGUUCCUGUUAUAAUUCAGAAAUGAUUCGUGUAUAUAUUUCACAGAAACGUGAAAUCAAAGUAGGUGAUAAAGUAGCUGGAAGACAUGGGAAUAAGGGUAUCAUUUCAAAAAUUUUGCCUAGACAAGAUAUGCCCUAUUUGCAAGAUGGAACACCUGUUGAUAUGGUCUUCAACCCAUUAGGAGUACCAUCACGAAUGAAUGUGGGACAGAUAUUUGAAUGCUCGCUCGGGUUAGCGGGGGAUCUGCUAAAGAGACAUUAUAGAAUAGCACCUUUUGAUGAGAGAUAUGAGCAAGAGGCUUCGAGAAAACUAGUGUUUUCCGAAUUAUAUGAAGCCAGUAAGCAAACAAAAAAUCCAUGGGUAUUUGAACCCGAAUAUCCGGGAAAAAGCAGAAUAUUUGAUGGAAGAACAGGAAAUCCUUUUGAACAACCUGUUCUAAUAGGAAAGUCCUAUAUUUUAAAAUUAAUUCAUCAAGUUGAUGAUAAAAUCCAUGGACGUUCUAGUGGACAUUACGCACUUGUUACACAACAACCCCUUAGAGGAAGGGCGAAGCAAGGGGGACAACGAGUAGGGGAAAUGGAAGUUUGGGCUCUAGAGGGAUUUGGUGUUGCUCAUAUUUUACAAGAGAUGCUUACUUAUAAAUCUGAUCAUAUUAGAGCUCGUCAAGAAGUACUUGGUGCUACGAUCAUUGGAGGAAGAGUAUCUAACCCAGAAGAUGCUCCAGAAUCUUUUCGAUUGCUCGUUCGAGAACUACGAUCUUUAGCUCUAGAACUGAAUCAUUUCCUUGUAUCUGAGAAGAACUUCCAGAUUAAUAGGAAGGAAGCUUGAUCUGAAUGAAUCAGAAUUUCUAUUCUAUGAUUGACCGGUAUAAACAUCAACAACUUCGAAUUGGACUAGUUUCUCCUCAACAAAUAAAGGCUUGGGCCAACAAAAUUUUACCUAAUGGAGAGAUAGUUGGAGAGGUGACAAAGCCCUAUACGUUUCAUUAUAAGACCAAUAAACCAGAAAAAGAUGGAUUGUUUUGUGAAAGAAUCUCUGGGCCCAUAAAAAGUGGAAUUUGUGCUUGUGGAAAUUAUCGAGUGAUUGGAGCUGAAAAAGAAGACCCGAAAUUUUGUGAACAAUGCGGGGUGGAAUUUGUUGAUUCUCGGAUACGAAGAUAUCAAAUGGGAUACAUCAAACUCGCAUGUCCAGUGACUCAUGUGUGGUAUUUGAAACGUCUUCCUAGUUAUAUCGCGAAUCUUUUAGAUAAACCCCUUAAGGAAUUAGAAGGCCUAGUAUACUGCGAUGUGUGAUUUGAUCAAAAUUUUCGUUUUACAGAUUCGGACUGAGAAACUGUCAUCCCAUUCAAUCCGAUUGGGGUGCCCCCGGCUCUGACAUGUGUUUUGGGAGAAGUAAAAGUAACACGAAACUCAGAAUUAUAGGUGUAUUCAAUACUUCCAAAUGCAAGGGGAAUUGAUCCAUGGUCGAUUCCGUAUAAAUAGGAAUUGCUAGUUAUACCUCGUGAAAAAACACUUUUUUGUGGAAUCAGCUAUUCCAUUUCUUUAUAGAGAGAUUCCGUUUAAGCAAGCAAAUAUAGUAUGGUUACAGAAGUCUAUCUAUCGCAUAUAUGCUUCAAGGGGCAUCAUGGGAUAACCAUCGAGGUGAGUAGGGACCUAAAGGAUCGAAUAGAACGAUAUAUAGACAAGUAAAUCCCUUACGAGUCCCAAAGUAUUCUUUUAAGGGGAUUCAUCAUUUGACGGGAAGUAGACUACUCAAAAAUCCUACAUUUUUAUUUUGUCAUAAGUAAUUCGGAAAAUGAAAGUAAAAAAAGAAGAAUGAAUCGUUGGUCCUUAGUGGGAACUUGAGUAAGGAGUAGUUCUUUGUUUGUAGGGUUUUUCGAACAAACUUUUUAAAUAAGAAAGAAUCCCCUUUUUGAGGUAACUACUUGAGCCGGAUGAAAGGAAA